CUCAAUGCUGCUUUGGUUAAUCAGUAACCAGAGUGGGAGCAGCGAGGCUGGUCUGUGUUAAAUUGAGGGAGCCGAGCAGCCUGGACCUCAUUCAGCACCUCACUCAGCAGCAGCAGACACACUCGAAGAAUCCAUUGUAAGGUGACUAUCAUCAAAAGGGAAAAUGCAGUCGCUUCUCACAGCCCUCCUGCUCUGCUGCUACCUCUCAGGAAGUCAAGCCAACCGUGUCUACGUCCACCCCUUCUCCCUCUUUGCUGCCGCUAAUGUCAGCUGCGAGACCCUGCAGACCGAGACGUCCAAGCCUCUGCACACGGUUCCUGUGGCCCCCCUUGAUAUAGAAGUCAUGACACCAGACAACAGGGACCAGUUGGAGGUGGACGCCCAGAGGCAUAACAUCACAACGAAGACGGCGGUCCUGGCACAGCUGCUGAACACUCUGGGCCUGAGGUUGUACGAGGCUCUCAGCAGGCAGCAGCCAGGCACCAACAUUCUCCUGUCUCCGGUCAACACCUUUGGUUCCCUCGUCACCUUCUACCUGGGGGUCUCCACGAAGACAGCGAUGCCAUACCAGGACCUACUAAGCCUGCGCAGAGGAACCGACAGGGAGGACUGUGUGUCCUUGGUGGAUGGACACGAGCUCCUCAAGACCCUGCAGGGCAUUAACUCUCUGGUGGACGACGGGCCAAAAGAUGAAAUCACCACCCAGGUCUGGACCUUCUCUCGCCAGGAUGCUCAACUGUCAGAGGACUUUAUUCAAGGCACACAGGAUUUCUCUGACACAUCGUUCACCCGCGGCGUGGACUUCUCGAAUCCACAGCAGGCCGAGCAUCUGGUGAACAGCUUCCUGGAGAAGACGUCAAAUGGGAAGGUGAAGGGCAUUUUCAAAGAUCUGAACUCCAGCAGUGACCUGCUGUUUGUUUCUUCCUUCAACUUCCAAGGCAACUGGAGGACAGCUUUUCAGCCAGAGAAGACCUCCCUGCAGGAGUUUUAUGUGGAUGAAACAACCACAGUGAUGACUCCCCUGAUGACCCACACGGGUCAGUACCACUACCACAAUGAUAAGGUACGGCGGUGCACGGUUGUGAAGCUGUCUCUGAGCAAGCGCUCCCACAUGUUGUUGGUCCUGCCUCAUGAAGGAGCCAACAUGAAGGACAUUGAGUCAAAGCUGCUCACAGUCAUCCCCGUCUGGCAGGAGAGCCUCCAGGAGGGUCUGUUGGAGCUGUCCCUCCCAAAGUUCUCCAUGUCCUCUGUGAAUGACCUCCGUGACCUGCUGAACAAGAUGUCUCCGAUAGUCGGGGCCAAGCUGCUGGGCUCCGAGGCGGAGUUCACCAGACUCAGCAACAUCCAACCCUUUACUAUAGAUCAGGCGGUCAACAAGGUGACGUUUGAGAUGUCCGAGGAAGGAGCAGAACUUCAGGAUAAGAUCCAGGAAGCGGGCGUCCCUCUGAAACUGUCCAUCAACCGGCCGUUCUUCUUCUCUGUCAUAGAGGGAGACUCAAGAGCCGUCCUCCUAAUGGGCAAGAUCGUCAACCCUACACUGUGAAAUUAAAUAGUACUUUAACUCAUUUAGAACACAUUUACAUACAUGAAUAAUGUGUAAUAUAUAAUUCAACAGUGUUAUUCCUCUCAACCUAGCUCUCAGUAUUUAUGAAAAGCUGUUACUUUAACUUGUUUUCAAGCAGCCUGUUAAAAUGCUAAUUUGUUUUUUUUAGUCAAAUGUAUUAUAGCAGAGUUCUGUACAGUAGGUAGGUGCAGUAACCACAAUUCUCCAUGACGAACGACUAAUACGUUGUAUAUUGUAACUAAGAGUUUAUUUUUGUUUUGUUACGAUUUGUGAUUGCUGAAAUAAAACAUUUGUAUCCAAA